AUGACAACGGAGAACGACUACUACGAAGAGGAUGAAGGACUUCACUUUGAUCCCACGGGGCCAGAAGUCAUCAACAGUUAUCUUAAACCACUGCUAAGAGGUGAGCCCAUGGAAGACUUUAUAGUGGUGAAAGAUGUUUAUGCCAAGGAGCCAUGGUUGUUGGACCACACCAACCAUCCUUUUCUCAAGGAAGGUGAGUGGUAUUAUGUCACUAGAAAGACUCAGAUCUCUAAAGAGAAGGUUGGUUGUGGUAAGUACUCGAAGCGGAAGAUCAUCGGAGAUGGCAUUGACCGUGGGAACUGGAAUGCGAAUGGGAAAGAAGAUAUCAUCGACGAGGAAACAGGGAAGGUCAUCGGGAUAAAGCAAAACUUUACUUAUCAUAGAGCCAGCAAGAACAAGAAGCAGAAGAGAGGAGACGGCAGUAGUGUUUCUAUUGAUGUUCCAUGCAACGAAAGCUGGAUUAUGGACGAGUUUAGGCUACCUACUGAUACGUUCCAGGACACAGUCCUCUGCAAGAUUCACAAGAAAAAAUGGUCGGAGAAGAAGAAGAAGAAGGAGAAGGAGAAUGAUCAUCAUGAGGAAGAUAAGCUUGAUCAGGAGCUAGUCGUCCCGCCCAAGAUUCACAAGAAAAGGAAUUUCAAGAAGAAGAAGGAGAAGGAUCAUCACGAGGAAGCUUCCACUUCUACUAAUCAUGAUCAGCAUGAUGAUGAGUCUUCUUCAUCUUCUUCUUUCUGGGAGCAGCAGAAAAAAGAGGCACUCGGAGGAGAGAAGGUAAAUGAGCAGGUUGAAGCCAUGGAGACUGAACGGUAUGAAGAUUGGAUUGAAGAGUUGCUGCUGGGCAGUGAUCAGGACUUGCUUUCGAUACCCUGA